AUGAGAGUGAUGAAAAUGGCAGCUACCAUUAACCUCUCGUUGUCCCUGCCCCUCGCCUCCCUCUGUAGACACCCCAACUUUCUGAACUCUCGAACAAGCAUUUUUCAACAGGACCACGUAAACAGCCUCAGAAGAAGGACGAAAUGGAACCGCUGUAACAUCAAAAGAGGAGGGAUCGUAUUCGGGUUGCCAUUGCCGGUUGAUCCAUGGGCACCCACCAUUGAUUCCCAGAGCAUCGCUUCUCAGCUUUUCGCCUUCUCUUUGUUUCCCUACAUCGGAUUCUUGUACUUCAUUACCAAGUCCAAGACCGCUCCAACCCUCACCCUCUUUGGCUUCUACUUCUUGCUCGCCUUUGUUGGCGCCACAAUACCAGCUGGGAUUUAUGCGAAGGUGCAUUAUGGAACUUCUUUGUCCAAUGUCGACUGGUUACAUGGCGGGGCUGAGUCUCUUCUUACUCUGACUAACUUGUUCAUUGUGUUGGGCCUCAGAGAGGGUCUAAGAAAAAUUGGAAACUCACAAGAAGAUGAAACUUCAUCUACUCCUAACUCAAGCUUGGAGGAGUAG